UCGCCGUCGUCGAUGAAAAUGCCACAAGAGAAGAUAUAUCACAUAUCUCCUGCUUAAUUGCAUCACCGUUCGAGUAACAUGCAUUGCUAAGAGUAGAGUGAAGCUUAUGGUUUGUGGGGAGUUCAAAAAAAGGUCUACAAAGAAACGGAUAAAGUCGCUGAAAGUGAAAUCCCGCGAAAACCGAUCAUAAUGAUGUCAUACACAUAGAAAUGCCGUAGCAGACGACGCAUCUAAUUUCACGACUGCCUUUAUUUUGUUGUGACUCAGACUCAUGAAUUACGUCACUGUGCGGUAAGCAAGAAAAGAAACAUUAUUGAUUGGAUGUUGCAAUGGGGGAUUUAAUCACAGCCAUCGAAUAAGUAAAAAGGAUUAAACUUCAACUGCCCGAAGAUACCACAAGCCCAUCUGUGCGCAAAUUCUGCCCAAUUUUUUUCUACCCAUAGAGGAACACUGCAGUCAUGAAUUGGCAUUGGCACUGGCACCAGUUGUGUGGUCGGAAUGGCAACUUCACUGCAUGGGAUCAUGAUGAUUUCAGUCACUGUUUUGAGCUGGUUGUGUUUGUAUGUCCUGUGCAUGUUUUACUUGCGCUCGUCAGUGCAUACUACUUUGCACAAAGCCAGAAACGGUUCGGAGGAAGUGAGCUACAUGUGUCAUGGACAUGGUUCUUGAAAUUUCGUUUCCUAGUAACAACUUUAUUGAUUUUGUGUCCAAUGUUACAAAUUAUUUUCACUGUUACACUUCUUCAGUUAAAGCCUAGCCUUGCAGAUUGUGUUACUGUUGGUGUGAUUAUAUUCACCUGGAUCUUACACACUGUAUAUGUGUGGUGCAUUCGGUAUCUUCAUGCAAUUACAAUGCGGGGUCCACUAGCAGUGUUUGUUACUUUCCUUAUGACAAUGGUAUCUCUAGGUAUUCAUUUGAGAUCUGUGAUCAUUCAGCAUAUAGAGAAGAAUUCAAACCACAACUCUGCUGAAGAAUAUGCAACUUAUGUCACUCUUGGAUUACAACUAAUAUAUCUUGUAACACUUAUCCCAAACAGACGAAGAAUUUAUAGGACCGAUAUGUUCACAAGAAAUCUCAACUACGAUUCACCGGAAACAGAAGUUUUGUCAUGGGAUAAUAUAAGGUCAUAUGGUGGAGUUGACCAACAGAAUACUCAGGAAGUACUACAGGCCGAGAAAGGUGUCAAUUGUUUUUCUUGGAUUUCAUUUCACUGGGUGCAGCCUAUGAUGUCUCGAGGUGCUAAACAUAUGAUUCAAAGUGCUGAUGAUAUUUUUGUUUUACCUAGCAGAUUAGGUACAGAAAAAAUACAGUAUGAAUUCAGUCAAGUUAUUUCUCAGAGGAAACAGAACAUGCAGUUGUAUUCUUCAGAGAACCAAGACACCUUGACAAACUCAUUGCAAAACCAGCACUUGAUCAAUUCAUCUAUAGACUCUCCUGGUGAUCUGAAUAACAUUGAAAACAAUAGCAACAACUCUUAUGUCAGUUACAGAUCUGGUAAACAUAAGGAUGGUAACGCUAAGUCUAAAAGUGACAGCCUGUUCCGAGCGUUGAACUCUGCAUUUGGUGUGGAAUAUUAUCUGUUGGGGAUUCUAAAAUUACUAGCAGAUGGUUCGGGUUUUGCUGGUCCUAUUCUUUUAAAUCUAUUGGUGUCCUAUAUUGAAGAUAAAAAGGAACCAGCGUAUCAUGGUUAUAUUUAUGCUGCUGGCCUCAUGGUAUUUACAUUCUUAGGAACAGUGUGUUCCACCCAGUUUGACUACAACUCUCAAGUUGUUGCCUAUAAGAUUAGAUGUGCUGUUAUAACUACAGUUUACAAGAAAGCCUUGUCUAUCAGUAGUGUCACAAUGUCCAAGUUCAACACUGGCCAAAUAGUCAACUUCAUGAGCACUGACACAGAUCGGAUUGUCAAUUUCUGUUCGAGCUUUCAUGCGUUCUGGAGUUUACCAUUCCAAAUAGGUGUGUCAUUAUAUCUUCUCCAUCAACAAGUUGGCCUCGCCUUCUUAGCUGGUCUUGCCUUUGCCAUUAUACUCAUUCCUAUUAACCGACAACUCGCCAUCAAGAUUGGUGAACUCAGUACCAAGAUGAUGGAACAGAAGGAUUCAAGGGUUAAGCUGAUGAAUGAGAUACUGUAUGGCAUCAGGGUUGUGAAGUUCUAUUCCUGGGAAGACCAUUUUGUGAAGAAGAUCCAAACUAUAAGAGAUGCUGAGCUAAAGAGUCUGAAAGGCCGGAAGUAUCUGGAUGCAUUCUGUGUGUAUUUUUGGGCUACCACACCUGUGCUGAUCUCCAUUCUCACGUUUACGACCUACUCACUCAUGGGGAAUAAACUUACAGCAGCAAAAGUGUUCACAAGCCUCUCUCUGUUCUUGAUGUUGAUUGGCCCUCUCAAUGCCUUCCCCUGGGUAGUCAAUGGCCUCAUGGAGGCAUGGGUCUCUAUGAAGCGAGUACAGGCGUUCUUUAAGCUCCAGGAACAAGACAUGGACAAGUACUACUCACAUUCCUCAGCUGUUCAUGGGCCUCUGAUGGAAGUCAACAAUGGUAGCUUCUCCUGGCAAAACAUUCCUAACAUCCAGUCCUCCGACCAGCCCUCCGACCAGCCCUCCGACCAGCCCUCCGACCAAUCCUCUGACGAAUCGCCUACCGCUGUGACACCAACCACACUCAAACUCAGGGACAUCAAUCUCAACAUCAAAAAGGGUCAGUUUAUUGGCGUGAUUGGGAAAGUAGGAUCAGGCAAAAGCAGCCUCUUCAGUGCCCUGAUGGCGGAGAUGAAGAAAGAUGGGGGAUCAGUGACUGUGGAGAACUUGUCAGAUGGUUUCGCUCUGGUAGCCCAGGAACCAUGGGUCCAACAUGCAACCGUGAAAGAAAAUAUCCUGUUUGGGAAAAGAUAUGAAGUCCGAAGAUAUGACAGUGUAUUGGAUGCAUGUGCUUUGGUUGAUGACUUGAAGAUGUUGCCUGCAGGAGACCACACCGAGAUCGGGGAGAAUGGCGUCACCCUCAGUGGGGGUCAGAAGGCCAGGAUCGCCUUGGCCAGAGCGGUCUAUCAGGAUAAAGAUGUCUACUUCCUUGAUGACCCCUUGGCUGCUGUAGAUGCUCACGUUGCCAAGCACCUGUAUCAGAAGUGCAUCAUGGGAUUGUUGAAGCAGAAGACUAGGAUCCUGUCCACUCAUCACACACAGUUCCUGGCCGAGGCUGACCAUGUCAUAGUUAUGGAUAAUGGAUGCAUUGUGCAAGCUGGCCCUCCAGAAGAAGUUCUACCCUCGAUCCCAGCCAGCUUUGAUUAUAAGACUGAAACGCAGGCCUCGGGCUCGGGUUCUGACGAUGACGACAUGGCCCCAGACCCUCAAGAUGGAGCGUUGGUGGAGAAGGAGGAGCAAGAGAAGGGUGUGGUCAAACUAGAGGUGUACAAGACCUACUGGUUAGCUGUGGGCAAGUGUCUGUCCCCACUGGUGCUCUUAGCUCUCUUACUUAUGCAAGCUUCAAGGAACAUCAGUGACUGGUGGUUGUCUUACUGGGUGACAAACAGCCAUGCUCCAAAUACUUCCAUCAGUGGCAAUGCUACUUCACAUGUGGUCUCAUCUUGGUAUCCCCAGGAAUAUUUCUAUGUAGCCACGCCCUUCAUCUCCCCCUCGGCUCCAUCUGUCAACAACAACACCAUCGUGCCAUCCAACAUGACCUACGCAGACGACAACAUCACCUUCUAUCUCACUGUGUAUGGGUGCCUUGCUGGAGCCAACACUAUCUUCACGCUGUUCCGAGCAUUUUUGUUUGCGUAUGGUGGCAUAUGUGCUGCUCGUGUAGUUCACAAGAAUCUCCUAGCAUCUAUUCUUAAGGCUCCAGUCACUUUCUUCGAUGUCACACCAAUAGGGAGGAUCAUCAACAGAUUCUCCUCAGACUUGUACAGCAUCGAUGACUCUCUGCCCUUCAUCCUCAACAUCUUCCUGGCCCAGGGGUAUGGCAUCCUGGGCACUCUCGUCAUCACGUGCUAUGGCCUGCCCUGGUUUGCAAUCCUCCUUGUGCCACUGGGCCUGCUGUACUACAAGAUUCAGCAUUUCUACCGGCACACCUCCAGGGAGCUGAAGCGGAUCUCCAGUGUUACUCUGUCCCCCAUCUAUGCUCACUUCUCUGAGAGUUUGACCGGACUGUCCACCAUCAGGGCACUCAGGGCAACUGACAGAUUCUGCAGAGAGAACCUUUCUCGUCUUGACACAAACCAAAAGGCUCAGUAUGCUACAACUGCUGCAGCGAAAUGGUUGGAUUUUCGACUGCAAAUGCUUGGUGUUGCCAUGGUUACUGGAGUUGCAUUUGUAGCAGUUCUGGAACAUCAUUUCCAUACAGUAAACCCAGGUUUGGUGGGUCUAGCUAUCUCAUACUCUCUGUCCAUAACCAACCUGCUGGGGGGCGUGGUCAUGUCCUUCACGGAGACUGAGAAACAGCUGGUCAGUGUAGAGAGGGCUGACCAGUACAUCAACGAUGUGCCCAGCGAGCAGUGGGAAGGAGUGCUGUUUCCACCACCAUAUUGGCCCAUUCAAGGCGCUGUGAGUUUUAACCGUGUACAGAUGAAGUACCGACCCAAUCUUCCCAAUGCUCUAAACUGUGUAACAUUUGAAACAGAACCUGCGGAGAAAAUUGGCAUUGUUGGAAGGACAGGCUCUGGAAAGUCAAGCCUGUUUCUGGUGCUCUUCAGAAUGGUGGAGAUACAAUCAGGGGAGGUAACUCUGGAUGGCAUCAAUCUAAGUCAUCUUGAUCUUAAGGAUAUCAGGUCCAGACUUGCAGUCAUUCCACAAGAUCCAUUCCUGUUCAGUGGUUCAGUGAGAGAGAACUUGGACCCUACCUCGACUUUCACAGACAAUCAUCUGUGGCUAGCAUUACGCCGAUGUCACCUCAUCACCGCUGUGGAGAUGCUCGGUGGAUUAGAUGCAGAUGUUGCCGAACGGGGGCGUCACUUCUCUGUUGGACAGAGACAGCUGCUGUGUUUGGCUAGAGCAAUACUCACUAAUGCAAAGGUGUUGUGUAUCGACGAGGCUACAGCAAGUGUGGACAGUGACACCGACUGUCUGAUCCAGGAGACUCUGAAAACAGAGUUCAGAGACAGCACCGUCCUCACCAUCGCCCACAGGAUCAACACCAUCCUGGACAGCGACCGAGUCAUCGUCAUGGCUGAUGGCAAAGUAGCAGAGUUUGCCCCUCCGGGGGCUCUCCUGCAGAACACAAACUCUCUGUUCUACCAGCUGGUUCAUGGCCGGCAGUGAGUCGAUACAGCAUGGUAGGACAGCAGUGGAACAAACACCUUUGACCUUGUGCAGAAGACUGGCAUGAUGGCUGCAGAACUGAGGUGGUGGUCAAUAAUCAAUAUUACCAUGAAUAUAAAUGUGCAAACUUAUGAAUUAAGUAUUUUAUGGUAUUUAAAAGUAUAUUUCUGUGAAUUUUCUUUGUGGUAUUUGCAAUAUUUUAUUUAUAAUUAUUGCUCAUGGCAGGUAAGCCUGGGAAGAAUCAAUAUUUAAUAACCCACAUACUCAAACCCCCAUUAUCCGACCCUACCCGGGUACACACUGUAGGUUUCAACAAUUUGGACAAUAUGUCCAAUUAGGACUUGUUUUUUUCGGGCCUUAAAAAAGGUAUUUAUGUACACUUAUAAAAUUAUCAGAUCAUGCAUACACUGAAGUCGACUUAAGUUAUAUCUUUUCUCAAACGUUUAAAAGUGAGAAACAAUACAUGGAUAAUCAGAAAAAUGCAAACAUUAGCGACUUUUAUUGUCAUUGUAUUUAAACAAUAUAUCUAACCAUGGGUCUGGGUAGCCCUGUUUCUACCCAGGUCCUGCUCAAGUUUCCCGACCCAGCUUCAGGGCAGGAUGUAUAUGUGUGAACCUAACACUAUGAGUAUAUGUGUAGCAUGUCUGUGUAACUGCUGUAGAUGUUUGGUUGAAGUUUGAAAACCAUGGAUACUGAAAUGUUGCUCAUACCUUGCGUCAACUACAAGAAUGUACUGUCUCAACUAUAUAGACACUGAUUCUCAUGAACAAUCUUUUAGCACUGUUAGCUCACCUAGUCCUGUUGGAUGAUGGCUCAAACAGGACAUUUUGACAUCAGUGGUUUAGAGCAUUUACUCAUACAGUGAGUGAGUGAGCAUGGUUUUACGCCGCUUUUAGCAAUAUCACGGCAGGGGACACCAGAAAUGGACUUCACACAUUCUACCCAUGUCAGGAAUCGAAAAAAACGGGUCUUGGGCUUGCGAGCGAACGCUUUAACGACUAGGCUACCCGACCGCUCCACUCUUAUAGAUAUCAGCAUCAUGUGAUGAACUUCAGUAAACCGGUGUAUGCUCAGAAAAAUGAAUAUUAACUGAUAUGAAUGAGGUCAAGUGAUAUUGUAUCAAUGUCAGUUCCUAGAAAUAGAAACCAAACUGCAUAAGACGAGACCCGUAGCUUGGCUGUAAUGUGCAUGGGUCUGUAGGUGUUGCAGUGUGUCCGGUACACACAAAUGUGAGAUUGGACGCAGAAAAAAAAAUACUGUAUCCUGAGGGAUGCAUAAUAUUCAUUGUACCUACAGCGCACCAUAGGCAGUUAUGGAUGUCAGUUCAUUUAUCAGUCAUGACCGCUGAUCAUUGAUUCAUUCCAGGCUCUAAAGUAAUUAUCCCAAUGUACAGUACACUACACAUUUUCAUUACUUUACGGGAUCCAUAUUGCCUGCAAGGAAUCUCAA